AAUAAGUGUUCGUUUGUUUACUAUAAAGUCGCCAGUUUUGAAACAGUAAAUUGCGAAAAUCAAUUGAGUUCUUUCAAAAGAAUAUUUAUGUUACCCUAAAUUAUAGCGGUUACUAGAAUAAAAUAAUGAAAGAAGGAACAUCACAUCUUAAAAAUCUCAUCUGUGAACCUUUCCUUGAAUCUGAUAUGGAACUCAUCACCAGAAUUUUUGUCGAUGUUGCAGCUAUGUGUUUGAUGUGUCUGAGAGAAUCCGUCAAUUCUUAUAUCAUUGUUGUAUGUUGGUGAUUGUUCUUUCAAGAAAUUACCAUUCAUAAUUUCAAUAGUGGCACACUUCCCAAAAAAGCUGGCCACCCCUGAUGUAUACCAAGGUGCUACUUUAUUGGGGUGGAGGGUGGAAUCUAUAUAUCUUACUUAGGGAUAUUUCCAUCUGAAAUGCCAUAUGAAUUUCUCAGAUCUGUGAAAAUACUACAACGAUAAAAGAAAUGGUCAGAGUCUGCCAGGACAUCGGUCUGCCUCUUGUAUGCAGAAUUUACUCAAGUAGCUGGGGAAUAUUCUGUGUCCGGUUAAUCUCUUCUGAGGAUAUCUAUUUACCUAAAAUACUAUAGCAGACGUAAACGUACCGGAAGCAUGUCUGCAUUUGUUACUGUUGGCUCAACUUCUUUUGAUAAUUUAAUUAGAAGUGUUUCAUCUUUUGAUAUCCUCAAUUUACUUGCAUCUAAAGGAUUUGAAAAGAUAAUUUUUCAAAUAGGCAGAGGUAGUGUGAUACCAGAAAGUAGCACAAUCAUAGAAAUUGAGUGGUUUAGAUUCAAAGAUGAUGUCACAGACUACAUAAAGAAUGCAUCAUUGGUUAUAGGACAUGGUGGAGCUGGUACAAUUUUAGAAUCUUUGAUCAAUAGAAAACCAUUGAUAUCUGUUUUAAACGAAGCACUUAUGGAUAAUCAUCAAGGAGAACUUGCUAAUCAGCUUGCUAAGGAGGGUUAUCUGAAAUGCUGUACCUGUGCCACAUUAUAUAAUACUUUACAAGACUAUUUUGCUGAUAAAUAUUUUGUUCCUUAUAUCUCAGAACCUCACAUGUUUUCAGCUUUUCUAGAGCAAGUUAUGGGCUUUGUAUGAAAGAAAUACACAUAUAUAUAUAUAAAAUAUCGUAAUAAUAUUUGAAAUUGUAUAGUGGGAAUUAUUUCAUAAGAAAUAUACAUUUAAUAUAGUUGUAAAA